GUUACCGAAGCAAUCAGCAUUCAGCAAAGAAAAAAUCUUGAGAGUUGAGACUCCUCCUCAGUCCAGUCAGUAGCAGUUUGAGUUUUUCAUCAAUCAGAUAAUUACGGAUCAAAUUACAACAAGUUUAUAGCAACUACAACUAGUCAAGUAGAUCUGAUCUGAACGAAUUCAAUAAAAAAGGGAUUUCUAAUGGAAGUCCCCAAAUCCCCUUCCAAAUACAAACGAAUCGCCAAACACAAAUGGCUCAUAAAAUUCGCUUUACUCAUUCUGAUGAUGCUGUUAUUGUUUCUGGGUUUUUAUCUCGAGUCAGAUACUAGGGGAAAACUCAAUGCGUCGUCGUAUUACACCGUGGUUGUGGAUUGUGGAAGCACCGGGACACGUGUGAACGUGUAUGAGUGGAUGGUAGGGGUAAAGGGAAUAAGCAAAGGGAACUUGCCAAGUUUGCUGCACUCUUAUCCUGAUAAUACAACCAGGAGUAGCUCACUCUGGAAAAAUUCUUGUCAAUAUCACUGUAUGCAAACCGAACCCGGGUUACACAGCUUUGUUAAUGAUUCUUUAGGAGUGAGAAAGGCUCUGGAGCCUCUGAUUGUGUGGGCAGAACAUCUGGUGCCGCGCGAAAUGCACCGGAAAACUCCUGUUUUUGUCUUGGCUACAGCCGGGUUGAGGAGGCUUCCCGGGUUGGAGGCGGAAUGGGUCUUGGGAGAGGUCGAGGCUGUUGUGAAAGAUCAUAACUUUAUGUUUAGCAAGAGCUGGAUAAGGGUUUUGAGUGGGAGGGAGGAAGCCUAUUAUGGUUGGGUGGCUUUGAACUACAAAAUGGGCAGCUUUUAUAGCUAUCUUGACUCUCCCACUUUGGGACUUGUUGAUUUGGGUGGCUCUUCGUUGCAGGUUGUGGUUGAGACUGAUGGUGCUGGGGAUGAUGUGCAUAUGAUGAGAUCGAAGCUCAGCUCAAUGGAACAUCAGAUUAUGGCGUUCUCAUUGCCUGCAUUUGGCUUAAAUGAAGCGUUUGAUAGGACAGUUCUUAUGCUCAGAAACAAUCAAAGUGAGGAAAGAACUGAGCUCAGACAUCCUUGUCUGGUCUCAACUUUUCUACAAAACUAUACAUGCCAUUCUUGCUCUGGAUUGGCUUCCAUUUAUCAGAAAAAUCGCAGCCAACACCAGGAAGGUGAACUUCAUUCUUUACGUCUUACUGGAGAACCUGAUUGGGAGCAAUGUAAAGAACUAGCUAUUGCUGCUGCUAUGAACUUGAGUGAUUCCAAAUUGUCACAGACAGUUAGCAAAAAUUGCCAAGCUAGUUCAUUUUCUGGUAUUGGUAAGGGCACUGGUAUACUUAAUUUAACAGCUGUUGCACACCCAAUCAAGUUUCAUGCUUUAUCUGGCUUCUUUUUUGUCUACAAUAAGCUAAAGUUAAGCCCAAGAACCAACUUAACAAUGGUUUGGGAGUCAGGCAAGCAAUUAUGUUCAAAUUUAUGGUCUGGUUUGAGCAAUGUUUCUGACAAUCCAAAGUAUGCUGGACAAUUUUGCUUCCGGGUGGCUUAUAUGGCAUCAUUGAUUGAAUAUGGUCUGUGUCUUGGUGAUGUUGAAAUGGUAUUUGGUCCAGGUGACAUUUCGUGGACCUUAGGAGCUGCAUUGAUUGAAGGGAAAUUUCUGUGGUUAAAUAGUACAAGACACAAAUCCCAUGUUAUUAUUUCAACUUUAAAGAAUGUCAAGGUCAUGUCUUCUCCAACUUUUCUCUUUGCUGUACUUCUAUUGCUUUUAUUGAUUGUUUAUUUUAGUCAAGUUAAGCUACCAAUGCCAAGCAGGAGGGCUUCUGCUCCUGGCUCAUCUUUGCCAUCUUAUACUCAUGUAAGACGUCGAUCUAACCAAUAAUAUUCCAAUGUUCUUGUAUCUUUCCUUUGCAUAAAUUCAUUUUGGAAGAACGACAAGAUAAUAUGUUAUACCAUUGAGGCCAAGUUUAGUGUGCCCAUGGCUACUAGAAAUUUGGACCUUUUAUUAUCUAUUUCUUCCCAUCCUAUCAAAUACAUAUAAUUUAACUAAGAAUACGUUUUCACAAACUAGGUCAUGAAGAGACUAAGAUAGACACAUAAUUGCACUGAUUCAAAGUUGUAGAAAACACAUUCUGAUGUCUCUCUUUUAAAACAUUCAGAAAAAUAUCAUCCUAGAGAAAUCCUGCCUCUCCUGGUGCUUGUUCUUCUUGUAGCACAUUCUCAACAUAAUUGAGAUUGGGCACCUGCAAAACUAGAUCACCUCCUUGAGAAUUGAACCUCAACUUGACCGACCUACUAGUACGAUUCUGUUUUUCACACCAGAAAUUAAUUUCACCUUAUAUAUCUUCUUAACACUAAAGAUUCUAUGCAUAAGUUAUGGUCUAGCUAAUUCUUAUAUGGGUUUGGUUGAGUUGGUUUAAAAUCUUUUAAAAAAAUUGGUUUGAGUCAAUUAUUUAAACUAGACUAACACAAUCCAACAUGAUUAUAUUCAAUUGACCUACACACAUUCAUAUUAUUACUAUGUUAAGUUUGCAUAGUUUGCAGCUUCUGCCUCCAGUGUGGUAUGCAGGAGUAUCAGGUGUCAUGAUUCAUGAUAUUAACCUGUUUAAAUACGAUCUGUAAAUAUGGGCAAGGGUUAUUAUCUAUACUGUGGCAGGUCAAUUUUCGUACGGUAAAAUUCUCUUAUCCAUUCUCCUGUUCAGUAACUUUGCCUUUGUUGUUUACUGACUUAAAAAGCACCAUGCACACACUUGAAAACCCCUCUACCCCUUGAACAUGCAGGCAAGUGGAAUCCAUUUGCAGGUUAUUCAGUUUUAGUGUCGUUGUCCAUGCUACACUGAUCUGAUUUCUCAUGUUUUGUCUUCUCUGCCUCCACCUUUGCUCUCAAGUUUCCACCUUAGCAGGCUUUUCAACACGGUCCUUGGUUCUCAUGGUAGCCAGAGGAUUCUGACAUGGAAUAUGGAUUAUAUUUGCACUAUAGGAUUGAAGCUGAACUGCCCUCUUUUCAAGCUCUUUAAAUGCAAAAUUAUUUUGUUUAUGCUCCUCUAUCUGUCAAAUUACAACACCAUGAAUAGCUGUCAGCAAAACCACAAGCUUCUUUUCCUCUCA